AUGCCCUUGUUUAUAGAUUCAGAUUACAUUGGGGAGGCUGGGCUGAGUAACUUAAAAUAUUACAAGUAUUCGGCAAUUGACAAAUCCCCAAUAUCUAGGUACAUAUUAAAACCUUACUGGAAAUGGGCUGUCAAUUUAUUUCCCUUAUGGAUGGCACCAAAUUUAAUUACUCUUUGUGGAUUAGGUUUCGUCAUCAUAAAUUUGUUAUGUGUGAUUUAUUGGAUUCCUGAUUUAGUUGGUCCCGGUCCGUCAUGGUUAUAUUAUAGUUUUGCUGCUGGACUUUGGCUAUACUCCACAUUCGAUAACGUAGAUGGCAGCCAAGCAAGAAGAACCGGAACAUCAUCCCCACUCGGUGAACUCUUUGAUCACGGUUGCGAUGCAUUAAAUUGUUCAUUUGGUGCGAUUGUGCAAGCUGCAGCAUUGGGCUUGGGACAUUCGUGGUAUUCGGCUUUCUUUUUGAUCUUAACUACAGUUCCAUUUUAUCUGUCCACUUGGGAAGAAUAUCAUACUGGUACAUUGUACCUUGGGUAUAUUAAUGGACCUACUGAAGGUCUACUUUUAGCUUGUGGUAGUAUGGUAUUGUCGGGGAUUUUUGGACCUCAGUUCUGGACGAAAGAUCUUCGUGAUUUGUAUGGAUCAAGUGUACCUUCUUUUAUUCCUGAAGGAUCUAGUUACGCAGAUAUCGUAGUCGUUGCAAUGUCAGCGCUUGUAAUCUUUACACAACCGCUAAGUCUCUACAAUGUCUACAAAAUGAAAAAGCAACAGAAUCAAUCUUUUGUCGCAGUUUUUCCUCAAUUUUUUUCUGUCCUUAUAUACUGGAUUUGUGGAUAUUUCUGGCUUGCAUCACCUUACUCUUAUAUAUUCGAGGAUCAACACUUAAUUCUAUUUGUGCUGACUCUUGGAAUUGUUUUCGGACGCAUUGCGACAAAGAUCAUUUUGGCGCAUGUGACAAAAAUGCCGUUCCCGAUGUAUACGGUCAUGAUACUUCCUCUAUUUGUUGGAGCGCUCUUGAUAAAUAUCCCUGUGAUAUUUAAGAGGUGA